GCAGCAGCAGCACCACCACCACCACCACCAGCAGCAGCAGCUAGGUGAAGGCGCUCCGCUCACAUGACCCAGGAGGAGGAGGUGCCGAUGGGAGCCGCGGGCUGUCGGAAGCGAAGGCGCACUUUCUUGGCUGCUCGCUCUGCCUCUGCGCCGCGCACACCGACCGAUGUGAACCGGCGCGACCAGCGCGUUUAGUCACCUCGCGGACAUUCAAUGACCCCCGUUCCCCCCGGCUGUCCCGAGGCAUCGCCAUGGAAACGGCGGCUUUGAACCAAAGCAAGGGACGCGACCCAGAGAGCGACAGGUUGUUGACCGUAGUGACCAGUUACGGCUCCAACGGCCUCACCUCCCAGGACAGCACCCCUUCAAAGCUCUCCGUGGUGCGGAUGGAAGAGGAGGCGCUACGCAGGAAGCUGAAGUACUUCUUCAUGAGCCCCUGUGACAAGUAUCACGCCAAGGGCCGCAAGCCUUACAAACUAGGCCUGCAGCUGCUCAAGAUUGUCAUCGUCACCAUCCAGCUGGUGCUGUUUGGACUGAGUAACCAGAUGGUGGUCACCUUCAAGGAGGAAAACAGUGCUUCCUUCAAGCACCUCUUCCUCAAAGGCUACAAGGGGGGCUCUGACAGCACGCUGGCCAUCUACACACAGAGCGACGUUUACAGCCACAUCAUCUUCACCAUAGAGCAGUACUUGGCGUUGCCGGAAACAGCAGUGGAGCGGUAUGCGUACGUGUACGGGACGGGCGUGAAUGGGAGCGCCCUCUCUCUGUGCCAGCAGUAUUACCGGGAGGCCACCAUCGACCCGGCAAAUGACACCUUUGAUAUCGACCCCCAUGUCAUUACAGACUGCAUCGGUGUGGACCCGCUGGUUCCCCCUGCUUCGGAAAAACCACAAGUUUCAACAGCGACGGCAACCAGCAACUACAAGAAUUUCACCCUCCAGUUCCAAAAGUUGAUCAACGUGACGAUCCGGUUCCAGCUCAAGGCCAUUAACAUUCAGACAAUCAUCAACAACGAGAUCCCCGACUGCUACACCUUCACCAUCACGAUUGUCCUGGACAACAAGGCUCACAGUGGCAGAGUAAAGGUCAGCCUUGUCAACGAGGCUUCGAUCAAGGAGUGCACGGACCCCAGCGUGUCUGGGCACGCGGACAGUUACACGCGGCUGGCGCUGGACGUGCUGGUGGCCGUGGUUUGCCUGCUGUCCCUCGUGCUGUGUGGCCGUUCCAUCUUCAGGGGAGUCCUGCUGCAGCAUGAAUAUGUUCAGUUCUUCUCGACCAGGCUGGGGCGGCGAGUAAGCUGGGCUGACAGGUCCGAGUUCAUCAACGGCUGGUACAUCCUGCUCAUCGUCGGCGACGUCCUCACCAUCGUCGGCAGCUUCAUCAAGAUGGGCAUUGAGUCCAAGAACCUGUCCUCCUACGACGUGUGCGGCAUCCUGCUGGGUACCUCCACGCUCCUGGUGUGGGUGGGCGUCAUUCGAUACCUCAGCUUCUUCCAGAAGUACAACAUCUUGAUUAUUACCAUGCGAGCUGCGUUCCCCAGCGUGAUCCGCUUCUGCUGCUGCGUGGCCGUCAUCUACCUGGGUUACUGCUUCUGUGGCUGGAUCGUGCUGGGACCCUACCACGUGAAGUUCCGCUCCCUGUCCAUGGUGUCGGAGUGCCUCUUCUCGCUAAUCAACGGAGACGAUAUGUUCGUGACCUUCGCCGGGAUGGAGGACAGCGGUUUCCUGGUGUGGGUCUUCAGCCAGGUCUACCUGUACACCUUCAUCUCCCUCUUCAUCUACAUGGUGCUCUCGCUCUUCAUCGCGCUCAUCACCGGAGCCUACGAGACCAUCAUGCAACAAACCCAGGAGCCCAUACACAUGACAGACUUGCAAGCUUUCGUUGCCGCGUGCACCGACUCCCCCAGCUCCGGCAAGUUCCGCGGCACAGAGCCCUCCUGCUCCUCCUUCUUCUGCUGCUGCGACUGACCCAGUAAGUUCGAGGAAGGCUCGCCGCUGAAUUGAGUCUUGGCUCAGCAGCGCCCCCCCAUUGGCAGUGUAAGUUGGCGCUGCUGCAUCGUGCGUCUCGCCAGCGCGGUAAGCGGAGAGGUCGUGCGCUGGAUGGACCUCGGUUCCUUCCCCAACUGAGACUGGAGACUGACUGAUGAUUGUUCAUUCACCAUCGUUUAGGGUGACGUGCAAAUGCCUGCAGUUUUCUUCCCUAAAUCGUCUACGUUUGAGGACGUUUCCAGGACGGGUUUGAAAUGAAUAUUGUACAAGGGUGGUGGUCCUUAUUUUUUUUUCUUUCAUUUUUAUUUUUUUUUUUAAAUAAAUAAGAUUGCAUCUCUCCUAUAAUAUAUCUUAGCCAGACAGUGGGAACACAUUGUUUUUUAGGUUUUUAAUUUAUUGUGCCAUGUUUUAUUUCUCUAGGUUAAGGAUGGGGGUCAUUGAAGUGGAAAUGUCAUGAACAGUCCUCUUGUUUGUCCUGCACAGUCCUAGCCAACGUUGUAGCUCUCCAGGUUUUUAUUAGCGUCAUGUAUUUCGUGUUGGCCUCUCCUUCCUCCUCGAAUGCUACAUCAGCACGCUUAAUGCCAAGAAAUGCUUCGUGGUAUGAUUUCGUAACACCACACAGACCUUAACCAUGUAGCAUCGUGGCUGUUUGCACUAUUUCUCAUUGCACCAGCAUGGCUGGAGGUUUUUUUUUUAAUACCACUUCCACCCCCACACAUGCAGUGCAUCUUAGAUAAAUCUCUCUGGCCAAAUAUUGUGGGCUGAAGUAGCAUCAGGCUGUAGAUGCUCCGGUUCAGAGUUUUGUGUCUGCUGUCGAUGCCCCUUACGAUGACCGCAGUGAUUGAAGAGGCCUUACUGAAAGCUUUGCAGAGCAAGAUGAUGCACUUUGCUGGAUUUACGUUAUCAAUCUGCUUCUUUUGAGACGGCCGGUGCUUACAGCUUUAUCUGCGACGCGUUUUGUUUGGUGGGUCACGUGUCAAUUUGAAUAUUUAAUUUGAUGAAUUAAGAAAGAAAAACUAACUUUUCCAUGCUCGUUCAAUUACGUUGAGAGAGAAGGAAUGCGUUGGAGGAGAAUGUGGAUUCUCAGAAUG